AUGGCAUUCAAAGCGUUGCGUGAUUGGAUCGAUAAACAUCUGUUAUUAACAUCUUUUGUGGUGCGAAUUAUCCUAAUCCUUUACUCAACUAUACACGAUGAGUACUUUCGCGUUAAAUACACAGAUAUUGAUUAUAUGAUUUUAACGGAUGGGGCCCGCGCCAUCGUCGACGCGCAUAAGUGCCCAUUCGAGCGCACCACGUAUCGCUACACGCCGUUGCUCGCGCUCCUCAUGGUGCCGUCAGUCGUGUGGUUCGAUGCUUUUGGCAAGCUGUUGUUCUCCCUAUGUGAUCUAGGGGUGCUGCACCUCUGCGAGCGUCUUCUCGAUCGUUAUUCUGUGCGGGAAAGCAAGCUCCAGAUGCUGAAAGUCUUCAUCGCUUUCAACCCUGUCGUUCUAAACGUCUCAACACGUGGCAAUAGCGAUAUGCUGAUGACGCUGAUCAACCUUAUUGCGAUGGCCUUAUACGAUUGUCGCCGUUAUUACGCAGCUGCCGGUAUGUUGGGGUUUGGCGCACACUUUAAGAUCUUUCCCCUUAUUUACGUUCCGUCCUUUGUGUUUGGGGUCUGGCAUCAACUCGGUGAGAGGACUAGGGUAGGCAAAGAGGGAGAGCUUGUGGACUCCAGCGCAUCACCCAUUUCCCAACGGUUGCAGCAGACAGCAAAGAUAGCCCUGAUCUCUGGUAUCUUUUUCUCCGUUUCUUUUGCCAUCCCGACGGGUGUGAGUUACUUCUUUUGUGGGGAUGUUUACAUACAAGAGGCCUUUUUAUACCACUUUCACCGUGAGGAUCAUCGGCAUAACUUCUCACCUUACUGGCUAACCAUCUACCUGAAUUUGGCUGCGCGCGUCAUGCACUACGAGCGGCAGUUCGCGCCCGGGCUGUGGGCCUUCAUCCCACAGGCCGUGGUUCUGCUUUUUACCUCUUGGAGGCUGCGGCGGAACAUCCUGCAGGCGUGCUGCACAGUGACCAUUUUAUUUAUCGCCUUCAAUAAGGUGUGCACGGUUCAGUAUUUUGUGUGGUUUAUUCCGCUUCUUCCAUUUGUAUUUACCCAACAGUCUGCGUUUUUAUCCGCGCCAACCGAAUCCGUGGAAAGGAGCAAGACAUCGCGCAAAGGAUUGCAGAAGAGUCCAAAGGUACCAGGGGCCGGCCACGUUUACACCGUUCCGUCGCUUAGAGUCAUUAUCAUUGCUCUGACAUUGUGGUGUAGCACCAUCCCACUCUGGGUUUUCACGGCGUACGCACUAGAAUUUCAAGGUAAAAACCACUAUGGUCGCGUGUGGCUCGCCUCCGGCGUGUUUUUCCUCGCCACGACAUUGCUCGGAGGUUGGGUGGGGCGGGUCUCCUACUUUUCUCAGCAAAAUCACCCCUUUCCUAUUAAACGUAAAUAUAUCUAA